GGUCUAUCAUCAGUCCGUGAGACGGUCUCAAAGCUAUUGGUCGUGUUGUCGCUUUUGUCGGAAAAACAGCAGCACGUAACGCUGAGCAGAAGAGAUCCACUACGUAAAGCGGUCGAGACGUAACGCCAUGCGAUCGGUGAUAACGGUAAAACAUUCAAAAUGAAGCGUUACCGUUUAUAGUGAAGUGCAGCUAGGAUCCACGAAGGAUAUAUCCUGAUUAUUAAAAUAAAUAUAUCAUGUGUAGAUUAAAGAAUAUAAUUCAAAUUCCUAACUGUGUGAAUUCCUCACUUUCAUCCUAGACAAAACAAAAAAAAAGAAACUAUCCCCAAAACUUCAAUCUUCCUAUAGACAAUAAAUCUAUCCAACCUUGCUGUUAAUCUACAAUAAAAAUUAGAUUUUAUAUGCUUACACAAAUCAAAUCACAAAUUGCUAAGGAAUUCAAUGGACUACGCCCCGUAGAUGUUGUGAUAUUAAAAAACACUCACACACCCAGGUGCACCCAAGAGAGAUGCAUAUCUAUGGCCUAUAUAUACCAGAGAUCGGUGCUAAAUCAAUGAUAACUACCCGCUUAGAUCCAAUUAAUGCAAAUUGUGACAGCGCGUAAAUGCAAAGUGAGCCGAGCUGCACGGAAAUCAACAACAAAUGCCACCGAGACAUGUGUACAGGCUGAUGAUUAUGGGCAGACAUUAAACAGACAAUCCAUAAUGAAAUUAUAAAAUUGAAAAGAUUAUAGCCCGGGCCGAGCGAUCGUCGAGAGGAAACUGAAACGACUGGGAAGUGCGGAGAGAUUGGAUCGAAGCGGCUUGGCCGGGGAUCGAUGUCAACUCCGGGGAGAACUGCUCGCCAAUUAAACCUAAUUAAAUAGAGAAAUAUAAUAAAAAGUAAUUCUACAUAACUUGUAUCAUAAAUCAGACCAGGCUGGCCAGCGCGAGUGAUUGUAUAAAGUGUACAAAUAUAAGUAAAACAUACCUAUAUCUCAAAGUGACAACUUCCCUCGUAUAUACGUACAACUAAAGCUCCUAAUUACCAUAAAUCUAAAAGUGUUAUAUACAAUAAUUUAUUAAAUACAUUUAAUCCAAAUCUUUAAACUUCGAAGAAAAUAUUGCCAACUAGACAAUAUUUAUAAGCAAUUGUAAAAAGCCUAUUUCCUGAAAACUAAACUACAAAUAAGAAACAAUCUUAAGCUACAAAAUAAAAUCCCAAAAACUGUCUAACAUUUUAUUCAAAUCAAAAAAAAACCCGUGAAAGUUCUCUCAAGACUUUCUUUGAUUCACAACCAUUUCGAAAACACAACCGCAACUUAUAUUCCCACGCGCCGUCGGCUACCUUAACUGGAUAUAUGCAAUAUAUCUUAUAUCUUGGCCCGAUCACAGGAUGACUUACGCUCCACAGCAGCAGCGACAACAGCCAGCUGAAGCAACAACUAUAGCCACCAGAAGAUCAAAUUUGUAUAGCAGCCAAUGCCAGACGAGUUAUCAACAUCCGUAAGGCCGAGAGAGGAAAAAAAUCGCUGCAAUAGCCGAACGGUGCUCAAAUGGUGAUUUCUUCCUGCCAGCGGCCAACGGAUAUCCGUGCGGAUUUUAUACCAACAACAGCAAAGGCAACGACUAUAGCCGCAAACACAACAACAAGUUGUGCAAUUAGAGCAGAGCUGCUCAAUAAACUAGAAGAGGCUGGCAAAUUGAUGCUACCAAAGCGAUCAGAAAAAUCAAGCAUGUAUAUAACAACUGUAAAACGAAGGCAAACUUAAAUCAGAAAUAUUUUGGGCGCUUUGGAAAACAAAGGCGAACCUAGAACCCACCCCAUAAAACUUGAAACCUACAACCGAAAAGCCUGGGCAAUCAAUCGAACCGCCAAUCAAUCAAUCAAGCCAGAGGAAAAGCACAGGAAAACGGAGGAAAAACUCGGUUACGGCCCGUGAGCGACUUAUGAGAGUUAUGAGAGAGAAAGACCACUCACCAAGAAAGAUGCUUCCUAGCCCGAAACAGGGCUGCGUAUACCCUGCCUUAGGAUUAAUACCCACAUCGUAUAUAUCACACGUACCUUAUGAUCUGGCCUCCUCGGCGGCGGCAACAUCCUCGUCAUCAUCGUCCUCCUCGCCGACGACGACAACAACAACAUCGACCAGGCUGCAGCAUCAUCAUCAGCAGCAGCAGCAACAUCAGCACUCCCACCAGCAACAUCAGACGUUAAAUCAGCAUGCCAAGGGCAAGAGAAGAAGCAGUUUCGAUCAGCCGUUGGAUCUGCGAUUGGCCCACAAGAGGAAGACGGAUUUGGCGGAUCAAGGACCUCUGGAGGAUGAGAACAGUAACCUGAUAAUGUUCGCCAGCGAACUGGCAGUGGCCCAGCAGAAGGAGAAGGAGCUGAACAACAAUCAUAUAGCUGCCUCGCUGGCCGAUCUGGGUUUCGAUAUGAGUCGAAAAAUGUUGAGGGCCUUGAGAGAGGGUGGUGCUGCAGGAGGAGGAGUAGGAGGAGGUGGAGGAGGUGGGGGUGGGCCACCCACUGCACCGCCCUUAACACCACCGCAAUGUUCGAUUCCCGCCGUACAUCCCACUCUCCUGGAAGCCAUGACCAAGAACUUGCCCCUGCAGUAUCGCAAUGUGUUCGCUGGGGUUCUACCUGGCAAGGUGACCAGUCCGGUGGCCUCUAGUAGUCCCACGGGCAGCGAUUUUCCCUUCAGGCAUCCGCUCAAGAAGUGCGAACUCACCUGGCCACCGCCCACUGAGCAGCUGCAACUGGAGCUGCCCCAUCCGAAUCCCAAGCUGUCGCCUGUGCUGCCGCAUCCGCAACUGCAGGACUAUCAGACCAGGAGGAAGAAUAAGGCCAGAACAGCUGCCACGGGUGGCAGCGCUGCCGCUCCGAAUCUGCCGCAACGCAAUAAAGAUCGGUAUACCUGCAAGUUUUGCGGCAAGGUCUUUCCGAGAUCGGCGAACCUGACGCGGCAUCUGAGAACCCAUACGGGCGAGCAGCCGUACAAAUGCAAAUACUGCGAACGUUCCUUUAGCAUUUCCUCGAAUCUGCAGCGCCACGUGCGGAAUAUCCAUAACAAGGAGCGGCCCUUCAAGUGUGAGAUAUGCGAGCGUUGUUUUGGCCAACAGACUAAUCUGGACAGGCACCUCAAGAAGCACGAAUCGGAUGCGGUGUCCCUGAGUGCUUUGUCCGGCGUCAGCGAACGGAUACACUGCAUCCGAAGAUUCUGCGAGAAUCCCACAGAGGAGUCCUAUUUCGAGGAGAUACGCAGCUUCAUGGGCAAGGUCACCCAGCAGCAGCAGCAGCAGCAGCAACAACAGCAACAGCAGCAGUUGGAGCAACACGAUCAGCUGCAGCAGCAACAGCAUCAGUCAACAGCAACAUCGGCGGCCAGUUCGUGUUCCUCGUCGCGGGACACGCCCACAUCCUCGCAGGAGGAGGCGGACAAUGCGGCUGCCACUUCGACGGCAGAGACGGCAGCAACAUCGUCCAGCAGAGACCAGGAGGAGGAGGAUUCGCAGCCCAUACUGGAGCUUAAGAAGACCCUGACCUCCAAGCUCUUUCCCACAGCAGCAGCAGCGGCCAUCACGCCACCAGCAACAUCCAUCAAGGAAGAGGUACCCUAACUACAGAACAGCACUUUCUACAAACAAAUUUCCUAUAGCCAGAGCAGCCAGCAGGAGAUCCCUAAACUAUGUCUAACAUCUAGCUGAGGAGCAGAUCCCUAAAACUAUGUCUAAUAUCUAGCUGUAAAUAAAUAUAUACCUAAAACCCCUAAA